CAGGAAACCCAUGAUUUCCUGAUACUCGGCAAGCUGGAGGAAGCAAGGGGAAAACUCCAUUAAAAAGCCCAGCUUUCCUCCAUGUUAGAUAUGAAGUGGAAAAUGGGGAAGAUUUAGCAAAAUUCCACCGUGUCUUCAGCCAGGCUGAAGAGGGGAAGAGCAGAGUGAAACCCUCAAGCUGUUGACAUUUCUAAGUUGCCAGGAAGCUCCUAGAAUUCGGUGAAAAUGAGGGUUUCUUAACUCAAACUGAUAGGAAAAAGGGAGAGACCCUCUUAUUCCAAGAGUGUCACAUUUCUUUACCAGUAUGGUGAGCAAGAGGGCAUGUGCCGGCUGCCUGGGACAGGUCUGUCUGAGGCCGGGCGCCCAGAGCAAGUCAGAGUGAUCUGAAGCCCGCCGCGCGCUCCUCGCCGCUGGCUCCGGGAAAGCAGGAGAGGCAAGAGCAGCCGAGCGGCCCCCGCAGCUGGAGCCCUGCCGCAGGCAUGAACUGCAAGGAGGCCAGUGCCAGCAGCUGCGGCUGCGGCCGCACGGAGGAGAAGAAGAUGCUCAAGUGUGUGGUGGUGGGGGACGGCGCUGUGGGCAAGACCUGCCUGCUGAUGAGCUAUGCCAAUGAUGCCUUCCCCGAGGAGUACGUGCCCACUGUGUUUGACCACUACGCAGUUACUGUGACAGUGGGAGGCAAGCAACACUUGCUCGGACUGUAUGACACCGCAGGACAGGAGGACUACAACCAGCUGAGGCCGCUCUCCUAUCCCAACACUGAUGUGUUUUUGAUCUGCUUCUCUGUCGUAAAUCCUGCCUCUUACCACAACGUCCAGGAGGAAUGGGUCCCAGAGCUGAAGGACUGCAUGCCUCACGUGCCUUACGUCCUCAUAGGGACCCAGAUUGAUCUCCGCGAUGACCCCAAAACCUUGGCCCGCUUGCUGUAUAUGAAAGAGAAACCUCUCACUUAUGAGCAUGGUGUGAAGCUUGCAAAAGCGGUACAGUCAGAUUUGAAUUUAAUUUUAAAUAUUGGAGCACAGUGCUACUUGGAAUGCUCAGCCCUGACCCAGAAAGGCCUCAAAGCAGUUUUUGAUGAAGCAAUCCUCACCAUUUUCCACCCCAAGAAAAAGAAGAAAUGUCGCCCCAAGUGUUACAGCUGCUGUUCAGUUCUCUGAAGUUGCUUGAGACCCCCCACCCCCACCCCGUUUAAGGGUGAGACCAAGCUCUGCAACCAAGCUCAAGCCAACAAGGAGGCCAUGCCAGAAAGAAGCCCCUUCACCCAGAGGCUCUUGCGCCCGAUGAGCCCUUCCACACACAGCACACUCAUCAGCCCACUGCCACGUCCUCCACACCAGUCAGAGCAUCUACAUUGCACACACGGCAAGAACGCUGAGCCCAGGUUCCAGCCAGUGUCUCUGCUGAGCAUGUUGGAAACAAAGUCAAAGGCCAUCUUGCGUUUUGCUUCUCCCUGUCCAAGAUCGUGAAGCUGAUAGGAAAUCACAGCAGAAAACCGAAAGAGGAACCCAAUUCCUGUAUUGGUGGCCUUACUUGAUGUCUUUUACAAAACAUAGGAAUACAACACUAACCUUUUUUUCCGAAUCUACUGUUCUACCUAUGUGUCUUACAGUCAUUUGUAUUAUUUUAAGAAAUUUACUAAUUUACCAGUUUACUCAGGCCUCACAAAUCCAUACCAAAUUAGCUUAAAGACAAAAGGUUUUAUAUUCAUUUCUAUUUUCAGCAUGUUUCUACCAAAGCUAUUAGAACCAAGACAUACCUCUGAAUGCCCGACAAUAAGAAGAUACAAGAAAGCAUUAAAACUUUUGGAAACUUACAGAGCCAUGAUUUUUGAACCUGGUUGAAAGAAACAAGGGCAUGAAUUGUUGUACGUCCACAUUUUUGCAUAAGAUUCACCCUAGAAAUGCUUACAUUGAUAAGAAGCCUUAUUUUUUCCAUAUUAUACUGCCACAGCAACUUACAAAAAUGAAGUGUGUUUAAGAAAGUAGUACUCCUGCUUUUCAAUCAAAAUGAUUGGGGGGAGAAUAUGGCCAGCCUAUCUUAUAAAAUAUUCUUAUUCAGCAAAGUGAACUUUUUUUAGGUGUAGUUUUUUUAUUGAAAUAUAGUUGAUAUACAAUAUUAUAUUGGUUUCAAGUGCACAACACAGUGAUUCAACAGUUACCUACAUUAUUAAAUGCUCACCCUAGUGCAGUUACUGUCUGUCAACAUAGAUGUUACAGAACCAUUGGCUAUAUUCCCCAUGCUGCACUUCUGUCCCCAUAACCAACUUAUAUUGAGAUUUUUGUGCUUCUUUAUCUCCCUCAGCCACCCCACGUCCCUGCCUCAACCCUCCCCCAGGGUAACCAACAGUCCCUUCUCAGUGUCUAUGAGUCUCCUGCUGUUUUGUUCAUGUUGUUUUGUUUUUAGAUUCUACAUAUAAGUAAAAUCAUAUGAUAUUUGUCUCUCUCCACCUGGCCUAUUUUGCUGAGCAUAAUACUCUCUAGGUCCAUCUCCCUCCCUUCCCCAUUGCAUGCCCAUUUCCUCCCUUGACUUCAUACUUUCUCCUAUGCCCAAUCUGAUCUAUAAACAGGAUCUGGCCAUAGGGUAGGUAAAACCAAAUGUUUUAAAGUCCCCAAAGGUUAAGCAAAGUGCCUCAGGUUUCCAUUUGCUUCAACUGAAAGUGUUCCUCAGCCUGCUCCAUGUAAGCUCCUAUUCCAUGCGAAUGAUAUUUUCCAAGCACAACUGGACUAAAAUAUAACCUCUUCCUAUUUCCUAUACUCAUUAUCCCAAAUGUAUAGUUAAGGGCUAGAUUUCUGUGUAACCAGACACUAGAUACCUGCUUCCAAAAUGAUGUGCUUCUUAUAACAGGGACUUUGGCCUUGGGGAAGUAAAAGAAGGCCCCUGUAAGGAAUUGUGUACCCUUUCUAUGUGAGUCUUUCAAACAUCUGGAGAUUGUUGCACCACAGAGUGUCACUUCCGAGCUUUUAAUUAGAGACUAUGAAAGCUUCUAAUUAGUCUUAUUUGCUUAUAAUUACUCUGCAAACACCCAGGUAGGCACUUCAUGUUUUAUUUCAAUUGCAUAAGCAAAGUGCCUCUUUGCAGCAUGAAAUUACACCAAUUCUGGCUUGAGAAUUUCCAGAUUUACACUUCUGUUGAGAAAAUCCAAUCUUUCUAGUCCCUUCUGCUCCUAGAAGAAUCACAUAAAAGAAGAAGUAUAUGCUGUGUGUCUUUUCUGUUAAUACCUUCCAUGACUUCCCCUCAGUUCUUCGGGUUUUGUUUGUUUAGAAUUUCUGAAAAUGUGUUUUCCCUUCUCUCACAUUUCAAGUUCUAUUUCCCUUCCUCCUCAUCUAGUUAAACACAUACACACACCAACCUAAAAGAAAACGGGAGUUUUGUAAGUCAAAGCUUGACAUUUAGAGAAAACAGGACUUUGUGCCUUUGUAAAUGGAAAUCAAUUGUAUAUAAACUCUAAGUCUGCAGAGCUUAUGAAUUCAUCCUUUACAAACAGUAAUGAGCAUUUAGCCUUGUAAUAAAUGAAGUGCUGUUAGCCA